AUGAUUGACUCGGUGCAAACACGCCCAAAUGAUCUCAUCCUCUCCCCAAAUUCUUCCAUUAAUGAUGAAGACCAUCAUAUGAGCACUCUUGAAUCUCCACAGCACUCAGUCUCAGGCAUCGCCAUUGACACUCAUGUCAAUGGCAACAGUAGUUACGACGGUUCUGAUGUUGCAGGGUCUUCACCUCAAGACUCUGAAACAAUCCCAACUCCUGCCGAUGAGCCUAUGGUCGACGUCCCAUCCAAAGAUCUAUCCGUCAAAUCUGACGUCGACAUGGCGGAAAGCAAUAGUCUUUCCAUUGUUUCUCCUCCUUCCCCAGCCCCGUCGGGCGUCUCGCAGCCUAUUCGCGAACUUUCUCUAAAUGAUGUUUCUCGUUCAUCACCUUCCUAUUCUGCCCCAAUUUCCCCACGUCCUGCUAGUACUACUCCCCCCGCCCCGAAUGGGCAUCUCGCACCCUCCGCGCCGCACCGCGAGCGUCCGGUCAAUGACUUGGACGUGACGACCGACGAGCAACGGCCAGCCAAACGAGCUAGGACUGCAGAUGUCGCAUCGCCUGCGGCGAUCCAACAAGCACCCACCACACCGCCUACUCCUCCCCCAACUCACACCACCAUAUCACCUGCUCAGUUCAAGUUCGCAUUAUCCACCCUCCGCUCACUACGAAAAAAUAAAGAUGCUGGGCCCUUUAAUCAGCCCGUUGACCCUGUUGUCCUUGGCAUCCCCCACUAUCUUACUGUCAUUAAGCGACCAAUGGACCUUUCUACCAUCGACACCAAACUUAAUGCAUCCAACCCUACAAAACCUGACCCUAACCAUAACGCCCCAAGAUAUUCUUCUAUUCAGGGAUUCAUAGCAGAUAUGAAACUCGUGUUCGAUAAUUGUUACCUCUUCAACGGCCUCAAUCAUGUCGUCUCUCAGUGUGCAAAGCGGCUUCAGGCCGUAUUUGAACGCUCGUUAAAAAAUAUGCCUCCUCCCCAGGCGCCUGCUCCACUCUUCAAAGCUCCAACCCCCGUUCCCACACCCGCACCGCCGCCACCACCACCUGAACCCAAGAAACCCAUUCGCCGCUCCUCGACAGCCGUUCCAACAAUCCGUCGCUCGGAUGAAGCCACGGCAACUGAAUUUGCUGCCUCUCGGCCCCGUCGAGAGAUCCACCCACCUCCGCCUAAGGAUAUUGAUUAUGCCGAGCCCACUGCUAUGAAGCGUCCCAAACUCACCAAGUCGAGCAGAAAUGCAAAGCGGAAGGAUGAUGGAACUCUCGAGCAGUUGCGAUAUUGUUUGAAAAUCGUCAACGAUUUGUACAAGAAGCAGCAUGCGACUUACGCGAACUUCUUUUACGAUCCUGUUGAUGUCAGACAAGUGCCUAAUUACUACAAGGUUAUCAAGUCUCCGAUGGAUCUUUCUACUCUGAAGAGGAAGCUCGAGCAGAAAGAAUACCCGAAUGCCAACACUUUCCUAGCCGAUUGGAAAUUGAUGAUGAAGAACUGCGUCGCUUUCAAUCCUGUUGGCACUAUGGUGUACGUUGCCGGUCAAGACAUGCAGCGGGUGUUCGAUGAGAAAUGGAAAGGCUUACCACCGCUUCACACCCCACCCCCUUCGUCAGAUGAGGAAGAUGAACCAACUGUUCAAUCUUCGAUGAUUGAAAAUCUUGAAAGCCAGCUCAAUUCUCUCCGUGAUACGAUCGAUGCUUUGAAGAGCCAAAAGAAAAAGGAAGCUAAGCGCCCCGCUUCAUCGGCCCCGAAGGUCACGUCGGCGUCGUCCCGCCCCCGUUCAUCUACCUCCAAGAAGGCAUCUUCGUCGACGAAAAAGACUGGCUCCAGGAAACUCGAGGCUGAUGCCGUCCUUAGUUUCGAGGAGAAGAAGGAGCUCUCUGAGACCAUCCAAAGUUUAGAAGGUUCGGCACUUGAGGAAGUGAUUCAGAUUAUCCAUGACGGUGUCCCUGAGAUUGGUGACAAUGCUGACGAAAUUGAAAUCGAGAUCGAUGCUCUCCCGCCGGCUGUGCUCCGCCAACUUUGGAACACUGUCAUAAAGCCCAAACCCGCCGCGGCGGCCGCGAAGCCUAGUAAAAGCGGGAAGAACCAUCCCGCCACUGGCGGAGUCAAGCGUAAGAGCAUGGACGAACAUGCGGAGGCUCAGAAAAUGCGGGAGUUAGAGGCCCGAAUCAACAUGUUCAACAAUGCGGACUUAAAGAACGGGGUUGCGGCGAACGGUGCUCAGAAGCAUCAUACCUCCGCUGCUGUCGCUGCUCAUGACAGUGGUUCAGAUUCGGAGAGCGACAGCGGGAGUGACUCGAGUGACUCCGAUUAG